ACGCAGUUAUGCCAACAAGCCGAUUAUGAAGGCUACUGAGCCCUGUCCGUCAAUUUGCGUCCGUCCUCUGAUGGUCAAACAAAGGGAGACAAAAUACAUCCGCGGACCAAGUUUUUAUUCUUUACGUGGAGGAGGUCCUAUCCAUGACAGGAAAGUACUUUUUUUACGCUGCAACUUUUUAUGGAUUUAUUAUGUGAAAAUCGGGAAGAGAAAGUCACUGUUUCUGUUAUACAUUAUUUUGAGACAACGUAUGUGUGGCAUUAACUCUAUAGAGAGCUGGGUGACUUCCCUAUACGUUACUGUGUUUUUUUAGGUUACGUCGGUGACACUGUUUUAGUUAUUGUUUUUAAAAUAGUGGCAUGUAUUUUUUUUACAAUCUGCUUAAGUUAUUUUGUUAAUGCUGUUAACAAUUACAGAAAUCAGAAACAGUAAGUUAAAAUCAGGCCCCUACACGCUAAAUCAUCAACAGAGCAAACUUUUUAAAAGCUCAGUGAAAAGUGCAAGUUAUGAAAAUGUCAAGCCUCUCAAGGAGUACAGAUGACCAAAGGAACAUUGACGAGAGUCCAUCUCACAUAAUUGAGACCCCCAGGUACCGUAGCUGGGGCAGCCUCCGCUUCUCGAGAUGGAGAAGUGGCUCCCAGAGGGCGAGCCCGCCUGGUACCCCCUCCUUGAAGUCGGAGAAGAAGGCUGAUGUGACCAAGACGCUCUUCUCCUUGGUUCAGACUCACAAUGACGACUACACAGCAGAUCCAGAUGGCCUGCUGGAAACCAAGGAGGAGGGCAGGGAGGUCAGGGAGGAUGAGGAGGGGGAUGACAUAGGGCCCUCAGAGGACAAGUCCAACUACUUCCAGAAGAAGUUUGGCUCAAUGCUACAGCCCGGGGUCAACAAGUUCUCCCUGCGCAUGUUCGGCAGCCAUAAGGGUGUUGCAGCUGAGCAGGCCAGGGUCAAAAGCUUUGGAGUGUGGAUCAUCCAUCCUUACAGUGACUUCAGGUUUUACUGGGACCUCGUGAUGCUGCUGUUGAUGAUGAGCAAUCUGGUCAUCUUGCCGUGGGGAAUCACCUUCUUUGAAGACCAGAACACCAUGCCCUGGAUCACCUUCAACGUCCUGUCUGACACUCUCUUCCUCAUGGACCUGGUUUUCAAUUUCCGUACGGGCAUCCCGGUAGAGGACAGUCACAUCACCCUGGACCCCAAAGAAAUCCGCAUUCAUUACCUCCGCACCUGGUUCAUGGUGGACUUCAUCUCCUCCAUCCCUGUUGACUACAUCUUCCUUGUUGUUGAUCUGGAGUCCCUGCAGGAGUCGUCUGAUGUGUACCGCACCGCCCGCGCCCUCCGCAUUGUGCGCUUCACAAAGAUCCUCAGUCUGCUGCGUCUCCUCAGACUGUCUCGCCUCAUCCGCUACAUUCACCAGUGGGAGGAGAUUUUCCACAUGACCUAUGACCUGGCCAGUGCUGCGGUGCGAAUAGUCAACUUGAUUGGCAUGAUGCUGCUGUUGUGCCACUGGGAUGGCUGCCUGACCUUCAUGGUGCCAAUGCUGCAAGACUUCCCCCCGGAAUGUUGGGUAUCUAAGAAUGACAUGGUGAAUUCUACAUGGCACCUACAGUAUUCCUACGCUCUGUUUAUGGCCAUGAGUCACAUGCUGUGUAUAGGAUACGGGGCGCACCCUCCAGAAGGACUGACUGACGUUUGGCUCACCAUGAUCAGUAUGGUGGUGGGGGCCACCUGCUACGCCAUGUUCCUUGGUCAUGCAGCUAACCUGGUCCAGUCAUUGGAUGCAUCACAUCGCCAAUACCAAGAGAAGUAUAAGCAGGUAGAGCAGUACAUGUCCUUCCAUAAACUGCCCGCGGACGUAAGACAGAGGAUCCAUGAUUAUUACGAGCAGCGAUUUCAAGGCAAGAUGUUCGAUGAGGACAGUAUCCUUGGAGAGCUCAGUGAUCCACUGAAGGAGGAGAUUGUCAGUUAUAAUUGCCGUGGGCUUGUAGCCAACAUGCCACUGUUCGCCAACACUGACCCUCAUUUUGUGACAGUGAUCCUGACCAAGCUGCGUUUUGAAGUCUUCCAACCUGCAGACUUGAUCAUACGAGAAGGAACGCUGGGUCGGAAAAUGUACUUCAUCCAGCACGGCAGCGUCACUGUCAUACCACGUGGCACCAAGGAGAUUACGCUCAACGAUGGAGCAUAUUUUGGAGAGAUCUGCCUACUGACCCAAGGACGACGCACAGCCACUGUGAAGGCGGAAACCUACUGUCGCCUUUACUCCCUGAGUGUGGACAGUUUCAACGAAGUCCUGGAGGAGCAUCCUCUGAUGAGGAGGGCGUUUGAGAGUGUGGCUGUGGACCGCUUGGAUCGUGUGGCUCGCAAAGUCAGUGUUGUGCCACCUCCAGAUGAGUGACUCACUCAGCAGCAAGAGAGAGAGACUCCUGCCUGAAAUGUGGAGGAUAUUUGUCACACAUGGACUGAAUUUGACCACGCAACAAAGAAAUCUUUGAUGUACAUUGUAAAGAUCGCUGUUUCGUUAAUGCUCAGUGAAAGAGACCCUCAUUUUUAUUUAUAAACACAUUAGUGCUGCAUUUUUGUUGAAACUAUUGCUCAUUCAGAUGAUUUCAAUUUGUUAAUUGGAUCUCAAGAUGUUAGCUGAAAUCUUAAUUUCUGGUAAAUCUUUGUACACAUUUUAUGUUAGAGUCAUGGUUCAGUUUACAAAUGAGAACAUCUGUAGUUUCUUCAGCAAUUUAUAUUUUGGGUGAUUUCAAUGCUUUUACACGAAUGGCAAACCACAACAUAGACUUUUCCUAAUGAUAAUAAUGCUUUUCAUUUGCCUGUAUGCUUUCUAAGACUGCAGUUCUAUUAUACAUUGCUUUAUUUAGACGAAAGCGGGAGCAGCAGAUGGGCGGUAUGUAGCGCUGAUUCCUAUGAUCCGGGUCUGCGGGAUGUAUCAAGUCUCGGAUUAACACUAAUAUUCAAAAAGCUGUUGUUACAUAAGAACUCUAAAUGUACAGAGACAAAUUGUACAGCAAUGUUUAAGUUGCCACAUUUCAUAGUACUCAUAGUAUCCAAUAUAAUGCCAUUUAUACUUUCUUUUCAAAUAACACCUUAGUCUGUUUCAGUUAUUUUAAUAAACCUUGAGUAGGUUUAUUUGCAGAGAUGUAAUUAAAAAAAGGUCACCUCCUUUUAUUUAAUGUAAAUAAAAAAACAUCAUUCAUUUGAAAUGUAUAUUAGCACACACAAAAAACAUAUCAAACUUGCUAUAGUUACUGUAUCGAGUCAUGGGAUGUUUUGCUUUGUAAUCAUGUCAAUCAGUUUCAAGUUGUAUACAGUAACAAUUUUACCACCACACAAAUGUAUUUUUUUUAACCACAAUUCUCAGCCUAUCGUUCUCCUUCUGAUCCUCAUAGGGUUGAUGUCAUGUAAAUUCUUCAAAUCCCUACAAAUAAAUAAUAAACAACA